AUGUCCAAUCGUCGAGUUAAGUCUCUGGCGCUUGGUGAAGACGAUUACGAUGAUUAUGAGGACUAUGGUGACGACUAUGGAGAUGAUGGCGGUGAUAACGAACUUUCUGCAGAAGACAAGGAACAAUUGCGGCAAGGAACCAUCAAAGUCCGUGCAGCUUUGGGACCGGCAUUUCCUGCUACAGAAAACGAGAUCCAAGAGGCGCUUUGGCAUUAUUACUAUGACAUUGGGAAAUCCGUCACUUAUCUGAAAAACAAACAGAAGCCUGCUCCCAUUGCCACAAAGAAGGAGGCAAAUGGCUCAAAGAGUAAGCUUGUUCUUGUAUAUUCCUCGUCUGCAUCGUCUUCGCGUCGUGGUGGUCAUGAUAGCUCGGGACCGAGCCACUUCGAAAACGGUGCUGAUGAGCAUCAAGAUCCCACCACCUCCGCCCCUUGCUCGAGCCCCUUUUCUUCCGCGGACUUCUUCAAGGAUAGCCCGUGGCUGCGGAUUCCUGAACACCGAAAGGCAGAGAUCAUCAUCACGCCACUGUAUCCCCGUUUGCGUCUUUUGGGUGGUGCCUCAAACACCAGCAAAAUGUCCAAACUAGCUGCUCUCGCUGCUAAGCGACGGCAGAAAGAAAGUGAGAAAUCGGAUGCUCAAACUACAGCCAACGACGGAUCUCAACAGGAUUACCUGUCUAGCUUGAACAAACUCCGGAUUAGCCAGCCAUCGAGAGCAAAGUCUGGACCAGCUGAUGCGUCAGACUCUCUGACAGAAGAGCCACAGCCCCAGUCACAAGAGCGCAAUCACAGCAGUGACCAGAACAUGCAAAUGGAAAGCAAGCAGAUAGCAGCUGAAAGGGCUUCGGAUGGCUCACUCGCGGUUGAUCAGCAUCUUCGGGGGCAUCCCUCGCCUUUUGCCAGCAUCAUGACUAGCCGCGACGCUGACGCUUAUCUCCUAUCAUCAACCGACUUCUUCUCAAUUAGAGCGAAUGCUAAAUCUUUCAACUUUGCAGAGCCUAGCCCGGACGAUAUUGUGACCAAGGCACAGAAUGCAAAAGCCACGGGAUCGGCCACAGCCAAAGCCAGGGAUACAACCCGGGCAAAAUCAACUUUGACCGGUGGCAUCCACGACCUGUCCAUCCAGGAGGCUCCCAAAUUCAAGAGCAAAAAUAUUGACGUGCUCGCAGAGUACAAGAAAAUGAAACGAAAGAAUGCGGCAAACUUUGUAGUCAUCGGCCAUGUCGAUGCAGGCAAGAGCACCCUUAUGGGCAGGCUGCUUUUUGACUUGAAAGCUGUCGAUCAAAGAACCCUGGACAAGUACCGACAAGAAGCGGAACGUAUCGGCAAAGGUUCAUUUGCAUUCGCGUGGGUGCUAGAUCAAGGCUCGGAAGAAAGGGCAAGAGGCGUGACUAUCGACAUAGCCACCAACAAGUUCGAGACUGACAAGACGAGCUUUACCAUCCUGGAUGCCCCUGGUCAUCGGGACUUUGUGCCGAAUAUGAUUGCAGGAGCUAGUCAGGCGGAUUUCGCAGUCCUUGUCAUCGACGCUUCAACGGGAAACUUCGAAUCUGGCUUGAAAGGACAGACGAAAGAACAUGCUCUCCUGGUGAGGUCCAUUGGUGUCCAGAGAAUAAUAGUGGCCGUGAACAAGAUGGACGUUGCGGAAUGGUCCCAAGAACGCUUCAAUGAAAUUCGUCAGCAGAUGGCCGCAUUCCUGAGCAGUGCGGGUUUCCAGUCAAAAAACGUGACAUUUGUUCCCUGUUCUGGCCUCGGAGGCGAGAACAUUCUGACUAGAGCCUCAGAUCCAAGGUCGUCCUGGUAUACCGGCCCGACAUUGGUUGAGGAGCUAGACAAGGCGGAACCAUCAACGCACGCGCUGGAUAAACCUUUGCGAAUGAAUAUCAACGACGUUUUCCGAGGUGGUGUGCAGAAUCCCUUGUCUGUAUCGGGGCGAUUGGAUGCGGGCACUAUUCAGGUCGGCGAGCAAGUGGUCAUCAUGCCUAGUGGUGAAAAGGCGCAGAUUCGGAGCUUGCAGGUCGACGAAGAAUCCCAAGACUGGGCAGUGGCGGGACAAAAUGUGGUCCUCAAUUUGACCGACAUCGACCCCAUUCACCUGAAGUCAGGAGAUGUUCUCUGCAGCCCCCUGUCGCCGAUUCAGAACAUCAGCGAAUUCAAAGCGAAGAUACUCGCAUUCGAUCACCUAACACCCAUGAACGUCGACGUGCACAAAGGGCGUUUGCAUGUGCCGGGUCGAAUCAGUCAGCUCGUUGGCGUUCUAGACAAAUCAUCAGGCACAGUAUUGAAGAAGAAGCCCAAAAUUGUCCAACCAGGAAGUGUUGUGCGAAUCAUUGUGCAGCUAGACCAAGCUGUGCCCUUGGAGCCGCCUUCAAGGAUUGUGCUCAGAGCGAAUGGAGAAACUGUCGGGGCUGGCCUCAUCGAGUAG